AUGUUCGCCCGCAGCUCGCGACUGGCUGUGUCCAGCACAAACUCCGCAUUGACUUCAUACUUGACCCGAGCCAGUUACCGACGGUUCUCAACUACAUCUCCAGCUUCAUAUGAAUACAUUCUCACAGAAACACCCAAGCCAGGUGUUGGGCUAAUCACCCUCAACCGACCCAAAGCUCUCAAUGCGCUGUCGAGCCCUCUCUUUCAAGAAUUGAACGAUGCAUUGAGCAAAUAUGAUCAAGAUAAAGACAUUGGCGCUAUCAUUAUUACCGGAAGUGAAAAGGCGUUCGCAGCCGGAGCCGACAUCAAAGAAAUGGCCCCCUUAACAUUCUCCGCUGCUUACUCCAACAACUUCAUUGCUCCAUGGUCUCAUCUUGCCAACUCAAUUCGUAAACCCGUCAUUGCAGCUGUGUCCGGCUACGCACUCGGCGGCGGUUGCGAACUUGCGCUCAUGUGCGACAUCAUUUACUGCACAUCAAACGCAACAUUCGGUCAGCCCGAAAUCAAACUCGGCGUCAUUCCCGGUGCUGGGGGCUCUCAGCGUUUGACUCGCGCAAUUGGUAAGAGUAGAGCGAUGGAACUCAUUCUUACUGGCAAGAAUUUCAGCGGCAAGGAAGCCGGUGAAUGGGGUGUUGCGGCCCGCGUUAUUGAUGGCGGGAAAGAGGAGCUUUUGGCAGAGGUAUUGAAAACUGCAGAGACCAUUGCGGGAUAUAGUCGUGUUGCGGUUGUUGCUGCCAAGGAGGUUGUGAAUAAGAGCCAGGAGUUGUCGUUAAGGGAGGGAGUAGAGUAUGAGAGACGAUUGUUCCACGGGUUGUUUGGUAGUAAGGAUCAGAAGAUCGGUAUGACUGCAUUUGCAGAGAAGAAGAAGGCUGAGUGGACACACGAGUAG